CUUAUUCUCGUGCUGAGAUCGGCGUAAGAUGCUAACACGGGGGCCGGAAGAGUUUUGCACAUAUAAACCUGACGCUGCUUGCAUUUCGCCAAUCACACCAACGCACACCUCUAAGCCCGGCACUCGAAGAUGGCAAAAGCCGUUCUGAUCACGGGCUGCAGCGAUGGCGGAAUUGGCCAUGCUCUGGCAAAAAGUUUCGCUCAACGAGGGCUUACUGUCUUUGCUACUGCCAGAUUAGUUUCCAACAUCACUGGAUUCGAACAAUUUCCUAGCAUUCAUUUGUUGCAGUUGGACGUCAUCGAUCCAAAUUCGAUAAAAGCGGCUGUCGAAGCAGUCGAGGCCAGAUCCGGCAGGCUUGACUAUCUUGUCAACAACGCUGGCCGCGGCUACUUUAUGCCAGCUAUGGGCGCUGAUAUUGAGGAGAGUAAGAAAGUCUAUGAGGUGAAUUUCUGGGGCCCACUGCGGACCACCCAGGCUUUUAUGCCUCUUCUUAUCGCUUCAAAAGGUAGUAUAGUUAACAUCGGCUCUAUAGUUGGGUAUUUUAGUCAGCCCUACAUUGGCAUCUACAGCGCCUCAAAGGCCGCUUUACAUUCUCUCAGCGAUAUCAUGCGUGUCGAGCUAGCACCUUUCUCCGUGAAGGUUCUCACCGUUGUCACGGGUUCCAUCAAGACUGCACUACAUGGCAAGCUCCCUCCUUGUCAACUCCCUGAAGGCUCCAUCUAUGCUCCCAUUCAACAACAACUGGAUAUUAUGGCGCACUCGGACUCCAUUGUGCGAUCGGAAGCCGAGCCCUACGCCGAAGCUGUUGUAAGCGAUGUGCUUGCGGGCAAGACUGGGAGAGUGUGGCAUGGUAGUAACUCAUGGAAGACCAAAGCUGGUAAAAUCUUGCCGAAGAGGGUGCAGGACCGAAUCUUGUGUAAAGGAGCGGGUCUUGAGAGACUGGCAUGA